CAACAGACACUGGACUGCACGAAACAUUCCACCAUGAAGGAUGCCGUUGUGCUCGCGGUACAGCUUGGUGCCCGGACCUGGUUCGAGACGUUACUAGCCAGUGCCAUCGAGGGAACGCUGUCAAACGAGGAGAAGCUACGCUCGUUGAUCAAGUUCGUGCAGAUGCUCCAAUCCGAUCUGUUACGGGCAAAAACGUACUACGAUAGUGUCUUUAAAGAGGUCAUGGGGAUUGAUUAUAGUCGAGAGAUCUGCAUCCAGCACGAGACGCGCAUCGUCUCACAUCUGCGGCCGAUCGUGCAGACCAUCUGCAAUGGUUUCAAGAAGAUUACCCUCAAGAUGGAGCAGCUCGAUCGACGAUCGGAGAUGGAGAGCCUCGAUAUGAGCUCCACCCUGUUCGAGCUCUACCUGGUACUGAAGCUGUUCCUUCAGCAAACGGACACCGUCGUCCAGAGUGCCCAUAAUCCGUACCUGGUCGAGUUCCAUCAGUGGUUCCGCGGUGGUGUCGCUUACUAUCUGGAUGUGUUUGCCAUCAAAACGUUCUCGCGCGUCGUUACCGUGCUCGAGGAGGAUGAGCUAAAGCAGGUGCAGGUUACCACCGCGGAUCAGUCGCCAGACACGACGCGAAAGUACACGGCUUCAACGGGAGAGAUACUGGAGAUUGUGGCGCAGAUUAAGAUCUUCUGGCAGCAGCUCGCCUGGCCGGACAAGGAUGAGCUGAAAAAGUUCCUCAAACGCAGCAUUGGUGACAUCUGUAGUUGCUGCAUCUUCUACGCCGAUCGCUUGCUAGCGAAAUUGAAAACAAUGGACGGAUCCACUGCAGCGGCAGACACGGUUGUUAAUGGUGCACCACUGGCUACACUGGAUCGUUCACUAGUGGUACUAUCAAAUGUUAGUAUCCUGACGGACACACUCAUAAGGCUACCGGAUGAGCUUGGAUAUAGCCGUAAUAGGGACAGCGCAGGCAGUGGCAGCAGCAGUGGUGGUGAGAAUGGCCGAAAGACCUCCCUUGAGCUGCUGUUGGCCGACGAUAUGCUACCGAUUCAAAGUUUGUCCAGCUGGCGAGAGCGCUGCCUUCGGUACAUCACCGAGCACGUGUCCCUGACGACCAGGAACCUGCUAGUGGCCUGCGUAGAUGGAGGAAUGCCAGGAGGCACCAGUAACGGAACUGGAUUCUUCUCCAACAAAUCGGCCCAAUCUCCGGCCGAGUACGUUGUCAGGUUAAAGCAUUGGAUCGAGCAAUCGGCCUCUAGGUUGGGCAUGGAGCUGUCGCAGGAGGAUUUGCGCUCCGUCGAGCAGGAACUGUGGACAACCGUCGAAACGAAGCUAUCUGAGUUGAUCAAAAAGCUCCGAGAGAAGAAAGACUCAUUGGCCACCUUUCAACGAUUGAACGGUUGCUUUACGCUGCUUACGUUGCACUACUUCCACACGCUCGGUGACACGAUCAGUAACUCGACGAUCGGCGAGCGACUCGAUAUCUUUAGCUGCAGCACCACCGAGCUGCUUCACCGGUACUAUCUCGAGCGACUCCGGCAACAGGACGAGCUGGAAGAACCGGAAUGUGGAUUGCUGACCGUGCGCUGUUGGUUUCAGCCCGAUGGACUUCAGAUCAAAAUUCUGCGAGCCGAUCAGCUGCAGCUUCCGAAAGACUACAAACACUCGUGCGAUAGCUACGUCAAGAUAAACGUGAUCCCACCGGAUCGCUUCGGUCCACCACCGUUGCCCGAGCUGAAGACAAAGACCAAAUCCAAGAACUUCUCGCCGGUGUACAACGAAUCGUUCACUCUAAAACUCAAUCCGGUUCAACAUUCCCUGAAGGAUGCGCUGCUGAUGAUGAACGUGAAGGUUUCGGAGCUACUCGGGCUAAAUCAGAAGCACAUUGGUGAAUGCUUCCUGCCCCUCCAAAAAGUCCCCAUUCUGGCAGAUGCCAGCAGGGCUCACGAAGUCCAACCGAUCACCCUUCCACUCAGCCUUCCCUUCACCAUCGAAUCAUUUUCCGUGGCGGCACUGGAAACUCGCACCAACGACAAGGUGGCGACACAGUUCCUGAAGAAGCUGAACCAAAAGAUGGGCAUCGCACCGUAUACAAUGAGUACGCUAAGUCUUUAAAAGGGCCCCCUGAUAAUCAGUGGCACGCUUCUUGCCGUCUUAUUGACAUACUCCGUGCCAUUGUGUGAUAAUACAAGGAGUAAAUAGUGAUAAUAAUGAUCUGUGUAGUGCAUUCAGAGAUUGUUCAAGGUAAAGUGAUCUGCUGGUGGUCCUUCUGUCCACGGUGUGAAUGGGAUACACUUUAGAACGAGAGAGAUUUCUGUACAGUCAUUCGAUUUGGACCACGUGCUCGAGGAACGACACGGAAAAUGUACAGUCGUGUGCUGUUAAUAACCUUUUUGUACUUGACUAUGUUAAGGAAUCAAUAAACUAAACAUUAAUUUUUUAAACACUGGAA